UUCAUCUAAAAACUAUGGAAAAAGAGAACUUGAAGAGGUCAAUAAAUUCAUACGAAGCUUAGGAAUUCCCUUCUACAAACGAGAGCUAGCUACAGGAGAUUUAGACAACUCGUGGGCCAUUCUACUCACCUUAAAACCUGGAGGCAUUAUCACUAAAUUCCGGACCAAGAUCGAGCAGAAGCUGUUUAGAAAAUUUGCUAUCAUCAAUGCCUUCAGACGAGGAAUCAUCGUCAAGAAGAACCAGAAAUAAUCGAGAAUCUACAGUAUAGGCCUUCCUUGUCUUAUAAUCAACUCAACAGAAAAGAGUUUGGGCAAGAUUCUUGGAGAAGAUAAGCUAAAAACAGACUUAAUUUUUGAAAAAUCUGAGUACCAAAACAUUGAAUAUUUUUACUUCAAGAAUGGAAUGACAAUUGAGUGAGGAAUAUCACAACUGUUAGUGAUAAUCUUAAAGAAUACUAACCCUAGAGUGAAUUAAUAUGUCCAUCUCUACUUUUCACUAGCACUUUAUAGCGAAGAUGUCAAGGCCAAUAUGGUAGAAGUAGCCAAUUUCUUCAGUGGUUUCACAAGCUUUGAUGAUAUUACCUCCAAACUAGCUACGGUUCAGGAGCAUAUAGUAGUGUCUAUAGCCAUCUUUCAAGCCUCUGGAGGCAAAUACUCACUGAAGAAAGUGGCUUUCCAAGACCUAGCUGAUGCUGUUAAACCAGAGCUAAGUGACCUCGAAAUUGAAAUAGACUCUAAAGAAGAAUUCCCUUGCCAAGAUCCCUUCAACCCGAUAUGCACAUUUACCCAGGUCAAGCUACAUGUGCAAGCCUGCUUGCUCCUAAAUUUAGCUGUAAUACUUACGUAAUGGUCAGAGAAAGCUUACAAGAAAUUAUUCCCAACACCAUUAUUUCUAGUCAGCAUAUAUGCUCUCAUCCUGGAAGAUUUAGUCAAAGAACAUGCUCCUUCUUCGAUCACUGUACAGAGAUCGACGAGAAGUUCUUCGAAGGGGUAUAAUAACAAGUUCCAGGGACAUUUCUACUCAAAUCCUUCAUGCUCUCGAACCAAGUAUAAGUUCUUCCUAAAUUUCCCAAACUUCACUUAAGUGAAAUGUUGAGUUUCCUUAAGGAAUAACUCAACUAAAUUCUGAUUUUAUAGACUGAAAAUACUGAUUCUCCACAGAUUGUAAAAUGUGGAGUAAUAUCUGUAUAACUCAAAGGAAAUUCCUAUUAGCAAUCGAAGAAUUAUAAAAGUCAUUCAAUAAAUUUCUGUAUCAAUCUGUUGUAAAUAGCUUAAUCCUUGGAAAACUAGGAGAUUUAGGACAGAUUUUAUACUGAAUAGUACUUCCAAGCUGACGAGAUAAUAUGGCUUAUUUAAAAAUGAAGUGGCAUGAGCCU